AUGGGUGAUGUGAAAUUUCUUUAUGAGACACAUGCGAAAAACAAAACGCGUCCAUCACUGAUGGAGAUUCUCAAGGCUUUCCAGGAGGCUCUUGAAGCAUACUUGACAGUCUUCAUCGUUAUUGAUGCACUCGACGAGUGUGCGACUUUGGAUGACUGUAGAGAGAUCAUCUUGUCCAAAAUGUUUGCUUGUGCCGCAGCAUCCAAUCCAAAACUUUUUACAACGUCGAGACAUAUUCCUGAAAUAUCCGACAGAUUCCAAUCUGCUCUACAUUUGGAAAUUGGAGCGACUGAAUCAGACAUUCGCAGAUAUAUAGAUAGCCGCCUGGCCAAGUUACCACGAACAUCAUUUACCAGCCAAAACAAGAGUUUACAGGAGGAGAUUAAAAUAAGAAUUAAACGCUGUCGUCAGCAAAAUGUACGCAUUUCAAAAAAUCACUUGUUUCUAUUAGCACAACUUCAUUUUGACAGGUUGGCGGAGUGCAUAACGCCAAAGGCGGUUAUGAAAGCUCUAAAGAGUCUUCCCACUGGCUCCGACGCAUAUGAUUAUGCAUACAGUGCCGCCAUGGAUCGCAUUAACCAGCAAGUCUCAGGUCGAAGCGAAUUGGCUAUAAAAGCUCUCUCUUGGAUCACGCACGCAAGGAGGCCACUUUCCGUCUUCGAGCUCCAGCAUGCCCUUGGCGUAGAGGUUGGAGAGGAUAAAUUUGACGAAGAAAAUGUUCCCCAGGUAGAAGACAUUGUGUCAACUGCUGUCGGGCUGGUGACUAUUGACGAGAAGAGCAAGAUUAUCCGGCUGGUGCAUUACACAGCGCAAGAGUUCUUCGAACGGACCAAAGAAAAAUGGCUUCCGGAUGCAGAGACCUAUAUUGCUGAUAUUUGCAGCACUUACCUCUCAUAUUCCACUUUCGAAAAACCAUGCGAGCCGUACGGGUGCAAAUUUCGAGGAAGGAUGAAAUCAUAUAAACUAUAUACGUAUGCCGUCUUGAAUUGGCGACACCAUGUUACAGCCUCAAAGUCCAGCCGAAAUCAUGUCAACUUUCUCAAAAAGACAUCCAGCUUUUACGCAUAUCUUCAGGACUAUCAAUCACACGUGGCAAGACGUCUACCAUGGUCAUUUCGUGAUUUUAAAUAUAGUACCAAUCUUCAUUUUGCCGCAGCGCUAGGGUGGAAUAAGAUCAUUACACAUUUGCUCAGAGACUUCGCCGAUGCAGACGUACGGGACGACUACAACUGUACACCUUUCUAUAUGGCUGCUAGUGGUGGCUAUUCUUUGGUUAUGGAAACAUUGCUAAGCUUUGGCCCAGUUGAUAUUAAUGUUAUAUCGAGUUACUCCAGAUAUACGCCACUCAUAAGUGCUGCCCAGGGUGGCCAUUCUGAGGCUGUCAAGCUUCUGUUGGACACUGGUAAAGUCAAUGCUGGAUUUGAAUGCAUAAACAAGAAGACUGCUCUUUGGUACGCUGCUGUUGGCGGCCAUGAUACCGUCGUUCAACUACUAUUGGACUCACGGAACUAUGAUACAGACAUGAUCCGUGAGAUACAUUCGUCGGCUUUAUUAGGGGCUGUUAUCAUGGAGAAAGAAACUAUCGUGGAUCUAAUUCUCAACGCAGGAAAUGCUGAUAUCAACGUCCAAACCACAUCAUUCUACUCUCCAUUCUUUUGGGGCCCUCGCUCUAAUGACAAAUGUUCAAAUGAUACAACCUGGGUGUAUCCAAAAAAACAGGAUGGUGGGGUGGUUUGA